CGCGCGCUUCUUCCGGGUGGUCUGGGGCGGGGCGCCUAAGCCAUGGCUCUCUGGGCGCUGCUCAGCCCAGGGGUGCUGGUGCGGACUGGGCACACCGUGCUGACCUGGGGAAUCACGCUGGUACUCUUCCUGCACGACACCGAGCUACGCCAAUGGGAAGAGCAAGGAGAGCUGUUCCUGCCCCUCACCUUCCUGCUCCUGGUGCUGAGCUGCCUGCUGCUCUAUCUGGCUGUGUCACUUAUGGACCCCGGCUACGUGACUACCCAGCCCAAGCCUCAGGAGGAGCCCAAGGAGGAACAGACGGCCAUGGUUCAUCAGGCCAUUCCACUUAGGCGCUGCAGAUACUGCUUGGUGCAGCAGCCCCUACGAGCCCGACACUGUCGCGACUGCCGCCGCUGUGUUCGCCGCUACGACCACCACUGUCCCUGGAUGGAGAACUGUGUGGGUGAGCGCAACCAUCCACUCUUUGUGGCCUACCUGGCACUGCAGCUGGUUGUUCUCCUGUGGGGCCUGCACCUGGCAUGGUCUGGCCUCCAAUUCUACCAGCCCUGGGGGCUGUGGCUACGGUCCACCGGGCUCCUGUUCGCCACCUUCCUGCUUCUUUCCUUCUUCUCGUUGGUGGUUGGCCUGCUCCUGGCCUCCCACCUCUACCUGGUGGCCAGUAAUACGACUACCUGGGAGUUCAUUUCCUCACACCGUAUUGUGUACCUCCGCCAGCGCACCGGCAACCCUUUUGACCGAGGUCUGACUAGAAACCUGGCCCACUUUUUCUGUGGUUGGCCCUCUGGGCCCUCAGAGAACCUCUGGGCUGAGGAACAGGAGGAAGGCAGUUGCCAGACUGUCUAGGGACGCUAGAGAGAAGGGCUGCCACUGUGCCUAAAAACCAGAGGCUGUGCUAGCUAGGGGUCCGCCGCCCAGUCAGCCUGGGCUCUGUAUUCCUUCCUAGGGCUCCCAGCUCUCAGCAGAGCAGCAGACAGGA